GACACGGAAUGGAUGACGUAUACACUCGACUUCUCGGGUCUGCCCGCGGGCACAGCAGCACCGCCUCCGUACUCAACCGGCACGGCUCGGCUAAUCCUCAUCGCCGUGGUGACUGGCGCCCUCAGCGCCAUCACGGUGCUGGGCAACGCGCUGGUGAUCCUGUCGAUCAAAGUGAACCGUCGCCUGCGCACCAUCAACAACUACUUCCUGCUGAGCCUGGCGGCGGCCGACCUGAUCAUCGGCGUGCUCUCCAUGAACGUUUACACGAUGUACCUGCUGCUGGGCUACUGGCCGCUCGGCGCCGCGCUCUGCGACCUGUGGCUGGUUCUGGACUACGUGGUUAGCGCCGCGUCGGUGCUGAACCUGCUCGUCAUCUGUCUGGACCGGUACCUCUGCAUGACGCGCCCGCUAAGCUACCCCGCGCGCCGGACACGCGGCACAGCGGCCGCGAUGAUCGGCGGCGCCUGGCUGCUGUCCUUGGCGCUCUGGGCGCCCGCCAUCCUGUGCUGGCAGACGCGCGGCGGCCGGCGCAUGGUCGCAGACAAUCAGUGUUACGCUCAUCUCCUCGCCAGCCCUGCCGUCACCUUGGCGACGACUCUUCCUUCUUUCUACCUGCCGGCGCUCGUCAUGGUCGGCCUGUACUGCCGGCUCUCGGCCGCCAGCCGCAGCCGACUGAGCGCGCUCCAGGCGGUGCGGGGAGCGCGCUGGACUUCCAGUCCGUCCGUUAGAGACUUCCCAUUUCAACGACGCAGCUGGGUGACCUCCGACCCCGGCUCGGACCUAUCGCUCAACAGAGAAUCCAGCACUCCGAAGCCCGGAGGGAGCCAGAAAGCGUCCAGAUAUCAUCCUCAGACCGCCGCCGCUCGCCACGCUUGCCACGCUGUGGACGAAUACGACAACAAGACGGAGACGGAGUCCUCUAACGAGGACCUGCACCGCACGGCGUUCGCGGCGUUCGCCAGCUGCCCCAGCCUCCGUUCUCAGGAGAGACGGCAGCGCCGCGUGAUGGCGAGGGAACGCAGGGUCACCAACACCAUCCUGGCCAUCCUGCUGGCCUUCAUCGUCACCUGGACGCCGUACAACGUCAUGGCCGUGGUGGCGGCGUUCUGCCACGUGUGCAUCCCGCUGGACCUGUGGAUCGCCGGGUACUGGCUCUGCUACGUCAACAGCGCCAUCAACCCCGCAUGCUACGCCCUGUGCAACGUCACCUUCAGGAAGACUUUCUGCAGACUGCUGCGCUGCCGCGGCAACAAGCAGCGAUGACACGGCAACAAGUGUGUGCGUGUGUGUGAGAUUGUGUGUGAAUGUGCGUCUGUGUGUAUGUGUAUGUGUGUGU